AAAAAGUAGAAAACAUUACUCUGAUACUCUUAAAUAUAUUUCAAACAACAAAAAGAGGUGUUCGAGUUAAAAUAACUACUUGUUUAGGCAGAAAGGGUUGUGCUGCCAUCUGAUGGGAGAGAAUGACAGAUCAUGUAACAUGUUGAAUACUUUUCACUUUCACACACGUUAAAAACGUACAAUGUUGUCAUGUGACUAUCCACGCAAAGUUAAAGGAUGAAGGCGGGAGUCUCGGUACAGUAUCUCGUGCCGAUCACGUUCUUGUAGACAUUAAGUGAAAACUGGAAGGGCUUCGAGGUGUUAAGCCUUCAGCGAGUCCUUCAAAUGGACAGUUCAUUACCAACUGAUAAAGAAAAUGAUGGAUUUCUCCCAGAUACUUGCGACAAAUCUACCGAGGUUACUUACGGCCAAAAGGAACCAGCCUCUCCUUCGGGGGUUCGGAAUCCCAAGUGUGCCAGAUGCCGCAACCACGGCAGAAAUGUAGCCGUGAAGGGACAUAAAAGAUUCUGUCCUCAUCGAACAUGUAUUUGUGCAAAAUGCAAGCUGAUAGCCGAAAGGCAAAGAGUUAUGGCAAUGCAGGUUGCCUUAAGAAGGGCCCAAGCUCAGGAUGAAGCUAUGGGCCGUACAAGUGUCACAGAUUCCACAGAACCUGCCUCAUUGUUCACUAAUUCAUCACCGCCAGUCAAUGGUGGCUCAUCAUCUAACCCAUCCUGCUCCGGUUUUUCUUCUGCAUUCACAACCACGAAUGCUCUCUUGUCUCAAGUUGAUCGUCACCAUCUGAGAGAUUCCUUACAGACAUUAAAGUCCAUGUUCCACCUGCUGGGAGAGGGAGCCAGCUCCAUCUUCCUCUAUGCCAUCCUGAAAGAGUCUAAAUUCAAUGUGAACACAGCCUACAAUAAAAUCGUAGAAGCUCAGACUGAAAUGAUAACUUAUGCUCUUCGAGAUUCUGACGUCACUCCGAGCCCCACGUUUUACUGGACCUCCUCAAUGCUUCCCCAUAACGUUUCUCCUAUGUAUCCAGGCUUAGGCUGCCUCUCCCACUACUACAGAGGCUAUAAUCUUCCCACCUCAUCUUCUUCCUCACUUCCCACUUCUUCCCAAACAUCUUUCUAUCCUUAUGGAACAACCCCUGCAUUAGGCCUUGGGUGGGCUUCCCAUGCACCAGGAGAUAUGGGUCUCCACAGUGGAAGCACAAACGAAGAAAACAGCAGUCCUCCAGGUGGCGCUUCUGUUACUAACAGAAGCACUUUCACAGGAGGCAACAUGUCUUGGAGAGAGCCGAGAAAAGGUGGAACGAAUGAAAACUGAAUC